AUGAAUCAGAGGCCAUUUGUCUUGGUUUCGGGUUUCAGCUGGAAGAACUGCGGCCAGUUAGAUGAUCCAGCUGUGCUGAAGACCCUCUCUGUGUCUCCAGACCCGAUCUCCAUCCCAGGCGACCUGACGGCCUCUGCUUCUGGCUCCACAUCUGUUGAGCUCAGCGCUCCUCUGGCUCUGAAUGUGACUCUGGAGAAGGAGGUGGCAGGUUUCUGGGUGAAGGUGCCCUGUCUGGAGGAGGUGGGCAGUUGUCACUAUCAGGACGCCUGUGAUAUUCUGAACCAGCUGAUCCCACCCGGCCAGGACUGUCCCGAACCGCUGCACACCUACGGCCUGCCCUGCCGCUGCCCCUUCAAAGCUGGCUCGUACUCAUUGCCACAGUCAGACUUCUACCUGCCCAACGUGGAUCUGCCCUACUGGCUGACUAACGGGAACUACCGGGUUCAGGGAGUCCUCGGCAGUCAGGGGAAAGAGCUGGGCUGCCUCGAGCUCACGCUCUCCAUCCACUCAGACUGAGCCAUCUGUGGGAGCUUUCUGGUUUGUCUCUUUGCACAUAAAGUGCUUUAAAGGUGGGAAAUGAAAGCAGAGGCUGCACAAAUUAGGGAGAUAAAUGUCAGAUAAUAAGCAAAAAAAACCUAAAAAAACCCAUUAGCUGUCAUCUAGGUCUCAUUUCAGCUGCAGUUUUUUUAAACAAAGGUUUCACAGGAUGAAACACAAAACAGGAGCUGCUGCAGGGAAGACAUUUUAUUAGAGCCGCAUACAUGAGAGCACGCCUGAGGUGAACAAUUUAGGAGGUGUGGUACACAAACGUCCAUGAUAUGAUGCAUCCAAGCUGCUCUUCUUUCAUUUAGUAUGAACACAAACUGCCUCCUGUAACAGCUGGAAACCUUAUUGUGCUGUUUUAACAAGUGAGCACAAAUCACACAGACAGGGAGAUUUCACAGCAGCUGACAUUUUAUUUGAAACUCUUUUUUUAAAUUAAAAAUUCAAAUGACAAAACUGGAAAAAGGUGCUGCAGGGCCUGGUCUUCAUUAGUGUUUUAUAGUUUGUAUCCUUCCUGCUGGAACAGAAGAAGUAAAUAACAAAGUGGAGGAUUUAUCUCUAAUUCUGACUUUGAUCACAGUUAUGAAACACGUGUCAGAGCCAUAUAUCAUGGCUGGAAUAAAUACGCAUUCAUUCUGUUAAUUAAAUAACAUUUUGCCUCUCAGAAUUUGAAGCUUUUUUUUUUGCUGUGGCUCCAUUUGGGUGUAAAUGUGAAAGUUCAGUCAGAGCACAGAGGUCUGCAAUCCAGUGAAGAACAAACACGGUGUGUAAAUGUUACAGAGAGCAGUGCAUCGCAAUAACCUGAAGAAUAAACACUGGAGUCCUAAUAAUGAGGACUGUUUCUAAAAUGAAUGAUGGAGUAAAGGGGGGGCAGGAACGUCUAAGAUUUGUUCAUGAAUCUGUGGUCCACGUGAAGAAGAAGCUCUCUUGCAAACUGAGUCUGGAUGCAUCGCUAAACGCUGCGUCUCACCUAAAGCAGGUCUGCCUCUGCUUCCUGACGUCUUUGGAGCAAAUGUAGCUCCUGCUAACUUCUGUGUAAUUUAUUUCUCAUUUUUAAAUGAUCACACAUUCCCUUUGCUUUUUCAUCUGCAUGUGCAGCUGUGAGCUGAUGUUAUUUUUUGCUUUGAUUGAUUUCAUGUGUCUUUACCUGGGGGAGGGGCUUGGACUGUUGUGACUGAGCCGUUUAUGUUUCGAGGCCAAUUUAAAAAUCUGUGUUGUUACUAAAGUGCCUGAUUCAUUCUUUUUUUUUUUUUAAUUCAUGCUUGGGGAGAAAAAUUAAUCAUGGAAAUGAGAGGAGUUAAAUAUGUAAUCAGACUUUUUUUAACAGUGAUGAUGAUGAUCACAGAAAAAUGUUGCUGUCAUACAUUUAGCUAUUUGUGUGUGAAUUAAACAUUGAUUACCUCAA